AUGACCUCCAACCCCCCCCCAGGGACCCCCGAGGGCCAACCGCGCCCCCCCCCGGGGCUGUGGAGGGAAUCGAGCCUGGACGGGGCCGGCCCAGGCAAGGACGGCGCUUUCGGCUCUCACAGCGCCACCCUGCCGCGCAAUUACAAACUGUCCCCCCUGGAACGGCGACAAGAGGGGGGGGCCCCCCUUUUCCGCUCGCCCCCCGCGGCCAGGACGCUGCCCCGGGGGUGGCACCCGUGCCAGCAGCCGGUGUCGCGCAUCCCGGUGCCCCCCGCCCCGGCCGGGAGACCCCCCCGGCACAAGCCGCUGCCCCUCUCCAUGAUCUUCAGGCUGCAGAACGCCUUCUGGGAGCAGGGCGGGGGGCACAGGGGGCUGCCCCCCCUGAUCGCCCCCUCCCCGGCGGGGGGGGCAGCGCGGGGGUCGCCCCAAAAGAUGCCGGCGCUGCCCCCGGCCCCCCCCGCGGCGGCUGGGGGGGAAGUGUCCGGGGCUGUCCCGGGUGAUGUCCCCGUGUCCCCUGACCUGGCCAUGUCGCAGGAGCUGCGCUCGGCCCUGCGCGACCCCUCCUCGCCGCGGGGUGAUGUCCCCAAAGGCCGGGGCUGUCCCGGGGUGAUGUCCCCAAGGGGCGGGGCUGUCCCGGGUGAUGUCCCCGUGUCCCCUGACCUGGCCAUGUCGCAGGAGCUGCGCUCGGCCCUGCGCGACCCCUCCUCGCCGCGGGGUGAUGUCCCCAAAGGCCGGGGCUGUCCCGGGGUGAUGUCCCCAAGGGGCGGGGCUGUCCCGGGUGAUGUCCCCGUGUCCCCUGACCUGGCCAUGUCGCAGGAGCUGCGCUCGGCCCUGCGCGACCCCUCCUCGCCGCGGGGUGAUGUCCCCAAAGGCCGGGGCUGUCCCGGGGUGAUGUCCCCAAGGGGCGGGGCUGUCCCGGGUGAUGUCCCCCGCACCCGCCACUACCGGCAGCUGAUCCCGCGCCUGCUGCACCGCCCCGGCUCGCCGGCCGCGCCGGGGGACGGCGCCGAGGCGCUGCCCCUGUCGCCGCCGCCUCCUCCUCCUCCUCCUCCUCCUCCGCCUGCUGCUGCUCCGGCCGUGGAGAGCGCGGCCCCGGCGGGGCAGGGGACGGAGCUGCGCUCGGCCCUGCGCGACCCCUCCUCGCCGCGGCGCCGCCCCGGGGCGCGGGUGCGGCUGAACCCGCUGGUGCUGCUGCUGGACGCGGCCCUGACCGGGGAGCUGGACGUGGUGCAGCAGGCGGUGGCAGAGGUGACACCGGGGUUGGGGUGCAAUCCUGACUUUUGGGGUGCGACCCCUGACUUUUGGGGUGCAACCCCUGACUUUUGGGGUCCCCGGUGCGGCAGGACGCCCCUGCACUGCGCGGCCUCGUGCAACGACACCGGCGUGUGCGUGGCCCUGGUGCGCCACGGCGCCGCCAUCUUCGCCACCACGGCCAGCGACGGCAGCCUGGCGGUGGAGAAAUGCGACCCGUACCGCGAGGGCUACGCCGACUGCUCCAGCUACCUCACUGAGGUGGAGCAGGGCAUGGGCGUGCUGAACAGCGGCGUGGUGUACGCGCUCUGGGAUUACAGCGCCGAGUUCGGGGACGAGCUCUCGUUCCGCGAGGGCGAGCCCGUGACCGUGCUGCGCCGCGAGCCCCCCGAGGAGCUCGACUGGUGGUGGGGGUCCCUCUACGGCCACGAGGGAUACGUGCCCCGCAACUACUUCGGGGUGAGGGGGGGUCCCCGGCGCGUCUGGGGGC